AUGGACGAGUCUUCGUUGCUAGACCUGCUGGAGUGCUCUGUGUGCUUGGAGAGGUUGGACACCACGGCCAAAGUGCUGCCCUGUCAGCACACCUUCUGCAAGCGUUGCCUGGAGAAGAUCGUCAGUUCCAGGAACGAACUGCGGUGCCCGGAGUGCAGGAUUCUGGUGGACUGCGGCGUGGACGAGCUGCCUGCCAACAUACUGCUGGUGAGGUUACUGGAUGGGAUUAAACAGAGACCAAGAAAUGGAAGGUCAGCCCUAACCUCUGGCCCAGGAUCAUUAGCCUCGGGGAUUGCUGCUUGCCCACCUGGUGGUGGAAUCUUGGAUGUCCCAGUAGCCUCAAUCAGUGGACUAGUUAAGAGCAUUCCACAGUUACCAUGUGCAAAGGCACUCUACAACUACGAAGGGAAGGAACCUGGUGAUCUAAGGUUCUGCAAAGGUGACCUCAUCAUUCUACGACGCAAGGUGGAUGAGAACUGGUAUCAUGGCGAGCUGAAUGGUACCCAUGGCUUCUUCCCAGCUAGUUAUAUUCAGUGUAUCAAGCCGCUUCCACAGCCGCCUCCUCAGGGCAAAGCACUUUAUGACUUUGAAGUAAAGGAUAAAGAACAAGAUAAAGAUUGUUUGACUUUCUCCAAGGAUGAAAUUUUGACUGUCAUAAGGAGAGUGGAUGACAACUGGGCUGAAGGAAUGCUAGGAGAUAAGAUAGGAAUAUUUCCACUUUUGUAUGUUGAGCUUAAUUCUACUGCAAAACAACUGAUUGAGAUGGAUAAAAAGUGUCUGCCAGUUGCACAGAACAGUGAUGUAGCUCCAUCAGCUGCUACCAGUGCAGGUGCCAGCCCAGCAUCGAGCUCUCCCUUAAACAGUGCCGGGGCUGCCUGCGCUGUUCACAGACGUAUCGAUGGCAAGAAAAAUGCAAAGAAACGGCACUCCUUCACUUCGUUCAGCAUGUCACACAAGUCUUCCCAAGCUGUCAACAACAGGCACUCCAUGGAAAUCAGUGCACCAGUGCUCAUCAGUUCCAGUGAUCCCAGAGCUAUUGCCAAGAUUGGAGAAGUUCCACCUUUGUCAUCUAGUGCUCCAACCCAGGCUUCAUCUCUUACUGCCAAUGCAGUUGGUGGUGCAAUGGGUCCAAGACUGGGGGCUGGCACAGGGGAACAAGGAACAGCACCAAAGACCCAAUUACCGCUCAAUAUAUACAUGGCCAUGUAUGCCUACAAGCCACAAAAGGCAGAUGAGCUGGAGCUGCGGAAAGGGGAAAUGUAUCGUGUUAUUGAGAAAUGCCAGGAUGGAUGGUUCAAAGGCACUUCACUGAGGACAGGAAUGUCUGGUGUCUUUCCUGGGAAUUAUGUAACUCCUGUGUCCAGGGCUCCCUUCGGAGCAACUCAGUCAAGAAAUACAGUGCCAGGAGGCACUGCCCAAACCAUGAAAGGAAACACUUCAUCAGGCCACCCAGCAGUAACCUGUCUUGUGAACAACGGAGUGAGGCCCAUUCCUCCCAUCGCCAGUCCUCCUGUUCAGCCACAGCUUCAUACAUCCAGUCCACAGCUCAACAACUGCUUGCGAUACUCAGGACAGCAAACUGUCAACCAAGCCCGCAGUGCAAUGCAGAUGGUCCAUCCUGCUGUUCAAGUACUUGACCGUCCAACAGCAACUGUACCACCACUUAGAACACAAAGUCCUCCCACCCGAAUCCCUGCAAGCGUGGUGAGACCGCAGCCUGUGACCUCUCCACAACACACUCAUCAAACCUCUGGAGCUUCUGGUAGUAGACCAACAAUUUCACUCACCUCUGCAGCUGUAGCAAUUACUCCACCAAAUGUUAAUGCAGCCAACUUGAAUGGAGAUACAAUGGGUGGGCCAGCAAGUUCCUCAGUGACUUCGAGUCCUUCAAACUCUGUACCUGCGAUACCCAAACUGGAAGAUCGAAAAAGUGAAAGGAAAGAGAAAAAAAGUGGACUCUUAAAACUUCUGUCAGGAGCCUCAGGAAAGAAGAAGUCUCGCUCACCUCCAUCUGUGUCUCCAACUCAUGAUCCCCAACAGGCAGCAGCAGAGAACACCGUGCAAGGAGCCAUGGGUCCUGACGUUACUUCAGUCUCUAGCCAUGGUAGGGCUGGAUCAUGCCCUUUAGAAAGUGAAAUGCAAGGGGCUAUGGGAAUGGAGCCACUGCACAGGAAAACUGGCUCACUGGAUUCCAACUUUUCCAUUUCCCCACCCACAAGGCAGCUGUGUUCCUCCAUGGUUGCAAUCCGUCCAGAACUUAAGCCACUUCCUUGUGAAAGAUAUCGUGUACUUGUUCCUUAUCCCCCACAAAGUGAAGCUGAGAUCGAACUGAAAGAAGGUGAUAUAGUGUUUGUUCACAAGAAACGGGAAGAUGGAUGGUUCAAAGGCACAUUACAGCGAAAUGGAAGAACUGGUUUAUUCCCAGGAAGUUUUGUGGAAAACUUCUGAUUAGCCCUGUUGCUUAUCCAGAGCUGCUGUUUUAUUAUUGAUCAUUAUGACUGGUCAAGAUUAAACACAAGUAAAUAAACUAUUAAGCACAAAGUCACAGGACUCAAGAAUUCACUGCCAUUGUCACUUCCAAAGAAACUAAAAGUCCUAUCUAUAAUAAUGGCUUUUCAUUAAUGAAAUUGUUGUAUAAGCAUGUACAUACUUAAGUAUGUUGAAGCAGUGCCUUCCCCAUGAAGCCACAGACUGAAACACAAGUACAUCUGCAUUUAAACUAGACUGAAGUACAUUUAUUCUUUACUGUGUAAAUUAUAAAUUUGGACUUUUUUUUAAAAAAUAGAAUUUUGAUAUAUCAUAACUUAUUUGGUAAGAUUAGCACAAAUAAUGAAUGAUUGUGUGUGAGGUGCUUUCUCUGACAGGUAAUUAUGAUUCUUCUUCUUGCAGUAUAAUAAUUAGUAAUCAGGAAAUAAUCGGAGCUGUCAACUAUCAGAGAUAAAAAUUAUUUACUUCUAGUCAACUAAUUUGUUGCUUGUUGUUCAAUUAUAUUAGUCAGACAGAUGACAUUGUCUAAUUCACAACUGUGUCAGUCAAAUAUAAAGAUGUAGCAAUUAGUAAGACCACAUUAAUCAACUGAAAACUAUCUCAUCCUAUUAAUGACAACUGGUUGGACUAUAAGAAAGAUGCCAACUUAAAGGCAAGUUCACAAGAGACAAAAGAUGUCACUAGUCUAUUGUCAAUAAGAGAAUUCAGGACUUCUUUUCUCUCAAAUUGCAAAAAUAUUAGAGAAAUCUAUCAUUCUGUCAUAACAGAUCGGGGGGAAUAGCAAUCACGUUCUGUACAAAUAAUUGUACAGUAAAACUCAGAUUACCUGAUAUCCAAUUGUUUGAAAAUCCCAGUGGUUCAGCAUCUUUAGUCCAAAGUGAGAGCAGGUCUGGGGUGUUGGUCAGGUAUUUUCAUAAGCUGAAGCUCAGUGUUCUAUUUCUUGCUCCCUUUAAUCUCAAUGGGUUUGCUAAAAACUGCAUAACCUAAAAAAAAAUGAAACAAAACCAUGUUAGGGUAGCAACCCAUAGUCUAGAAAAUCGGCUUGUUCAACACAACCAAAGUCCUAAAAGGUGCCAGAUUAUCGGUGUUUUACUGUAAUAGAAAACAGAAUAGGUUAUUUGCCAGUAAACAACUCAAAUCAGGCACAAGUUUUCAGUACAUUGUCACACGUAAUGAUACAGAGGAUUAGGGCCUCUUUGUAUUUCUUUCCUGUCUUCACUUUUCCAAACACAUUUCUUUGUGCUAAUCAAUUUGAUUUGGAACUUACCUACAAGAAUUCCUCCUUUUAAUGUUCAACGUGCAAUUUGCUGAACUCCAGCUAUAAAUUAGAGGAAACUGAUCAUUUUGCCCUGUAGUACUCCCCCACUUCAUGGAAGUUUGACUCCAUGACAUAAAAGUGCUUAUCUUCUUUGUUUGAUGCAAACUACUUAAAUAGCAGGUUGAACAAAUGCUGAGCUGGGGCUACCCAAAACUAUAAGAGCAAAUUUGCUGACAUUAUUUCAUGGCAUGUUCCAGUAGAAUGGGGGUUGACACAGCACCACCCACCCAUACCACAUGUAUACAAAAUAUGCAAGUUUAUAGUCAUGCAUGCAGUCAUUUAUCCUAAAACUUUAAGGACAGGCGUGUAUCCCCUCAAAGUUGAUAGGUUUAAAAUUUCGCUCAUGCCCCCAUUUGCUUUUAAAUAAAACAGGAUGCAACUCCUUACCCCUUUGUGUUUUGAAAUACAGAGUCCCAGUAGCAUAUGGCAGUCUACAAUUAUUAUUUUUAUAUCAUAUCUUCACAGUCUUGUUCCCAGUGUGUGGUUUAACAGGUGGUUCGAUAGGUUGGGAUUUCCACUUUUGAUUAGCUGUUUCUAUUGGGAAACACUUACGACCAUAAAGGAGACAGCGUUGAUAUGGGCCCUGACACUUACUGUCUAGGACUGCAUGCAGGACACUUUGUAAGGGUUGUUGGUGCCUCCAGAAGUGGAUGUCCCCCAAAAAAACAUGGCAUUGAAAAGGAAAAAGUUACCAUGCGGGUGGGGGAGACAUGAGAAUUAACACUGUGAGAAAUAUAGUAAAUAACGAGAUAGCCUGCUCAAUGAAUGAAAUUAAUUGUAUAUAAAUUUAUUUCAUUAAGUAAGCUUUUUUUUAAGCUAUAGACACCAUCUUGAUUUUACUACAGCAGCAGAGAUGAUUCUCGUAGCUAACUGAGGAAGUUACCCACAAAAGAUCCUGCGAUCUCAGUGACAUGGACCUUCCCUUUUUGAUUAUCAGUUUAAGAAAAUUCCUGGCAUCCUGCACAAAAUGCAAGCCAGGAACUUGAGCACAAUUUUUAACUAAUAUUUUGAACAUUUUAGAAGACAAAAAAAAAAAUUGGAACAUGUGAGAUUAUGCCAGAUUUUGAAAUAUCAAUUUUCUUUGGUUAUUUAAUCUAUUAUAAGUUGACGUAUUUAUCAGAGGAAGUUACAGUCCACAUUGAUCCUUAAAUAUAAUUUUAUCUAAGUGCUUGUAACUAUAACAGUAUGUGUUUAAAAACUCACAUCUUGUGCCACAAAGCACAACAUUUACAGAGUAUCAUGCAGUGUUGUGAGCGCCCAAAGUUUUAACCAAUCUACACUGGUUUCUGUAUAUUACACAAGUCUGAAAAAUAGUGUAGAAUAGGAAAUCGGUGACAAAAGUGACUUGGUUCCAUGGUUAAUUGGACAUUUGUAUACUCUAGAAGCAGCAGCUAGCUUCUUGGCAUAAUGAGAAAAACUAUGACUGCAAAAUCCAUGCCAUUAUCUAAGAGCCCAAAAUAUCACAAUAUCUUUAAAUACUAUGGAGACAAAAAAAGUGCAGUUUUAAUUUGCCACUUUCAUCGUUACACCCCUGUACUUGUCUCUGAAAACUUGGAUCUUGAGAGAAUUGGGCUGUGGAUCAUCUGAAAUUUGCAUUCAAUGAAAGGAUCUGUGUUUCGUAAUGUGAUUUCUAGAAAAUUCUGAUUCUUUAAGCAUGACAACUUCAAGAUGGUUUAGGAUGUAUUUUAUACUUGGAUUAGAAAAUAUUCAACGUCUAGCUUGCCAAAGUCAGCAUCAGUUCUUGAGCCUCCUAUUUGGUCCAACAAGCUGAGCUGCUUUAUCAUCGCUAUUUUCUGUUCAUUCACUGAAUGUAUGGUUUCAAUUAGGAUCUAUUUACAUUUGGCUCAUUG